AGUGUUGAAUUAUAAAGCAAAAAAGUAAAUAAAAGCUUCACUUUUAAUUAAAUUAAGUCAUUCGUUAUCGACGCCCCGAAACCGCGAAAAAAAUGUUUUGCAAAUGGACACACGAUAUCAAUUUAAUCGGAUAGAAACAACCGAUAAAGUAUAUAAAAUAUCAAUGAUUACAUAAUUAAAAAUUUAAAUAAAAGCUGAAUAGAAUCAAACUUAAUUGCGUCUCGCUCAACGGCUUCAGAAUCGUUCGAUUUUAGUUUUUCUUUUUUCAUCUCGUGCAUUUUGAGAAGAAUUUGUGAUCGUCACGAGAAUAACUUUAAAAAAAAUUCAAACAAUAAUAAAAUGUAUGUAAAUACUUUGUUUAUACACAUUUUAUGUUAGUUAUACAAUAUUCUGAUUCAUUUCUUGGCUUGCAAAUUUAUUUUUUUCAAUGUUCCUUUCUUACAAACACAAUCAAUUGUUGAAGGCUUUUGUUGAAUGCACAAGAGACACUUUCGAUAGUUUCAAAUUAAUCGAGCGACUUUUUUUUAUUUUCUGUUCCAAUGUCGACGAGAAUGUUUGUUGUUAUUGCUCGCAAAAACUAAAUAUUUUGUUUAUUGAUGGAAGAGAAGAGAAUGAAUUAAAGUUAAUUGGAUUCAAUUUAUUCAAAUCGAGGGGAACAGAUAUAAACAUCAACACUAUUUUAGCCUAUGAAAUAUACACAAAUUGCUCUCCUUCUCCCUUAUCGGUUGCUUUAUUGAUAAAGAAUCAUCCAACAAGUCACAGAAAAAAAAGAAACAAAUGUGAGAAUGAGAAUGUACGUUGUUGUUUGAAAUCGAAUAAGUCUUGGGAUUUAACUUGACCCAGUCAUGUGUGAAGUCGAUCGAAUGAUGAUAUUUAUGGAAGAAAAUCUUUUCACCCAAGGUGUUGAUAAGAAAAUAACUAAGUUACUCACAUAUCUUCGUAUGUAUGUUGGUGACGAAUGAAUAAAAGUUCUUCUGAUUCUUACAAAAAUAAAUGUGAAGUUCUGAUGAGAGAUAGGAAAUGAGUCUGAAUUAAAAAUAAAAUUGAGAACCAGCACAGAAUAAUUCUGUAUGAUUCUUAUGUAAAUAUUCACCACAAAAAUAUUUUCAAUGCAAUCAUUUCAAGUCAAGAAAAUGUAAAUAAAUAAGAAACAUGAAUAAUUGAUUGAAUUGUUGUUGAUGCAGUGAUUUCAAUUGCAUAACGAAAUAAAUAACUGAAGAGAGAUUCAAAGACACAACAUUUGCAAAAAACUUUUUUCUCGUAUUUCGGUGCUUUUAAAAUCAAAAUUAUCAGUGAAGUGACAAAAAGAAAGAAAGAAAAUUUUCAAUUCGAAUUUUACUUUUUGUGGUUUUUACUCAUUUUCUGACAAAAGCCACAAAAACAUAAAUUUAAUUCGAAUGGGAAAUGAUUGGAAUAGAAAAUGAACAAGAAAUCUUAUCGUGUGCUCAACUUGAAGCACAACAAGAACUGUCAAAAGUUGUUGAUUCAAGCGCUCAAGGAGCGACUGUAACUGACAAGAAAGUGAUCAAAAGGGACAAUAUUGUGCUUGGAAUUAGUGAUUUGAAGCAGAAGAAAGUUGACGCGAAAUUCGCGAGUGCAAAUAAUAAAACUGUUACAAAAUCAGCUGUCAUUGUUGAACCAGAAAUCAUCAGUAACAGCAAGAAGGAAAGAGUCGACAACAAAAUUGUCAUCAAUCCAGUCAACACCACAAUAAAAGUGAACAAUUGUGAAAUUGUCAGUCAACGUCCAACAUCAGUUACAGCAGCAAUUUUCGCUCAGCAAAACUUUUCAUCAAAACCUGAGGCGAUUCAAAAGAAAACGCCAACAACAAUCGUUAAUAAAUCACGUGCCCAGUCGGCAACAGCGAAGAUUUUUCGCCCAAAUCCACAAGCGACCGCCACGAGCGUCACUAAAAACAUCUUUGCUCCACGCACCAAGGACAUGAACAAAGGGUUUCUGAUGUUUUCUGAAAGCGAACCAGGCCUGACAAUGCUGAAAGAUGAGCCAGAUGACUUGACGCAUUUGGCACCGACAGCUGGAGAUGCUUGCAUCCCAUUGGAUGAAGCAGCACCGUUCUUUUCUGAUAUGUUCGAUGACUUCAUCAUACCCGAUAGCUACAAUGAACUACUGACAGAUGAACUGAAUUCUUUGGAUAGUUCAUGCAGUAAAACGACACAUAGUAGCUCCAGCAAUGAUCCCUUUAUCAAUUAUCGUGAUGAUUCAAAUGACAUUUGUCAUUCACCUCACUUGCUAUCACCGGGAUUAUCAAAGAGUCCAGACGCCAAUAGUCUACCAUCAUUAUGCAGUCCUGGCUCGCUACCCGAAGAUGAACUUGCAUUUAUGACAUUGAACAUGGACGAUGACUUAGACAUGUCAAUGCGUGCUCCAUACAUUUCAAUGAGCGAAUCCUCUGAACUGCCGAUGUUAAUUGCAGAAGAUUUAAUGUGGGGCGCCCAGCCAAACAUCAAAGAUGCAAUUAAUGUUAAUAACAAGAAAAUGGAAUUGAAUUUAAGCAGUCAAGAGUGUGGUGAUGUUGAACGGCAACAACAUGAUGAACAAAAACCGCCGAUGACUGUUGAAUCGAGCUUGGCAUCAUUGCUUUGUAAUCAGUUGCUGCAACAUCAUCAACAUCAACAACAGCAGCAGAUCAUUCUUAAUCAACAUCAACCAAAUGUGAAAAUAAAAGUCUUAAAUCACGAUGGAAAUAUUAAAAUAGUCAAUCCAAGCACAUUAAUCAAUCAGCAGAAUCAGAUUCACGAGGAAAAGACAAAAGCAUCAUCAACACCAUCAUCACCCGAAGCGAUCGAAUGGACAAUGGAUGAUCUUUUUCUAUUACGUAAACAACCACCAUUGAAAUUAAAUCAAAUAAAGGUUGAGGAUGAUGCUGAUAGAAUAAUUGUGAAUAUUUCACAAGUCGGAGAACGUCAACCAAAUCAACAACACCAAUCAAGUGAAAUCGUUAAAAGUAAAGAAAAAAUGAUAGUAAAUCACAAACGUCCGUCACUAUCAAAUGACAUAAUCAGCUCAAAACGUGUUAAAGGUCAACAAGACGUGAUGACAAAGGCAAAUCCACAGUUGAUUCAACAAGUGAUAACAAUGAAUAACCAGAAAAAUCGUGGAAAGAAUCAUCAUGAAUCGUUUUUAUCAAGUUGGUCGUCGUCGCAAAAAGAUCAGCAACAGCAACAACAAGCAUCGAACUCGGUGCUAAUGAAUCUUCUCGUCAGUGGUUGCGAUGUAAGUGCUGGCUACUACACAUGCUUACCGCGACCAAAAGUAGCGAAAGCAUAAAAGGAAUUUCUGUUAUUUUAAUUCACGGGGAUAGAGAAAUGAAAAAAUAUCGUUUUCUUUUUUUUCGAUCUUUUUCCAUCAUUUUGUUGUCGAUAAAACAAAUUUUAUGUCAUCUCAUUAUCGAAAUUUUAUUUCUUACUACUUUAAAAUUUUAAAAUUCUCUUCUUCAUAUGAUUUUUUUUCGAGAAUCAUCGUGGACCGUCAAAAUUGAAAAGAAAAAAUUUCUUACCUUCAUUUUUUGUUGCUAAAUCUAAAAAGGUAUUUUUUUUCUAUUAUCUAGUUAUUAUUUUAGACGAAUUAAUAGCUUUAUAGAUGACGACAAGUACAGAAAGGAAAAGUUCUCAAUUGUCGUAAAUUUAUGAAAUAAAAGAAAAUGAAUUAUAGUAAUGAAUAAAAAUAAAGUUCAAUCUCAGAUUAUAAUCUUUGGGUGCGUCGAUGCGUCUUGUAAACAGAAUCAAGAAAUUGUAGCGUGAAAAAUUUUGAAGAAAAUUUUAAAUUUCCAGCCGUUGAAGGGACUUUUAUAUUGUCAUUUUCGACUGGUGAAUUUAUUUUUGUGACGGUUGAAAAUUUAGAAUUUUAAUCAAUAUUUUUGACAUUGUUUUUUGGUCUCUUGACGUUUUAAUCGAAAAUAAUUUUGAAUUUGAAGACAUGAAAAAGUAAAUAAAUAAAAAGAAGAGAAAGAAAAUCUCUUAAAUUAUUUCUUUUUUUUUAUUAAAUUGAUUAUGGCGAUUAAUAAAUGUCAUUAAAAUUUUGAUUUUAACUGUGAUAGCUGUUGUUUAAUGAUAAAAUGAAAAUAAAACACAAGAAAAAAUAAAAACUCGAAAGUCUGCAGAGAGAAAAGAUUUUGCAGCUAUGGGAGAAAAUUUUCUUUUAUUUUGAUUUCUAUUUUGUAUGAUUUUAUAUGGUUUGUUAAGACUUAAGGGAUGCUGGAGUGUGUGUUGAGUGCGAUAUGGCCAAAGUCGAUUUCAAUAAUUUCAUCAAUGUUAAUGUAUGUAUGUAACGAAAUUUUUUAAAAUCAUUUGAAAAUGUGAUUCGACACGCAGCUCAGCUGUCUAUAGUCGAAAGAAUGUUCUUCCAAUUUGAAAAAUUGUAAAAUUUUUAUAAAUUCAAUUUAAAAGAUGUCACCGGAGCUUUUAGCACUCAAGCAGCAUUCCCUUAGUCUUUUAAAAAAUGAUUUUUUUUUAUCUUCUUUGAGUCCCGAAAUAAAAAUAAUUAAAAAAUGAGCCCGCAAUGGUACAAAAAUCAAUAACUACGAAAGAUAAAUUUUAGAAAAUUUCAACUGUAAAUUUUUUCUUUCCUUUCAAUUUCCUUUCAAAUGUUCAUCUUCCUUCGAGUUAUUCUAACCGAGAUAAUGAAAAGGAUUAGAAACAAAAAGGAAAUGAAAUUCGGUAAAUCUGCAAGUUUAUAUUUUACUUCGGGAAAUCAGAACGAAGAAAAUCUUGUAAAUCAAUGAGCGAGCUUUUCUUAUUCUAGGAAAUUUCUUUAAAAAUAUAUAAAAAGAUAAAUAAAAAAUAUCAAAUUCACUGGAAUAUUUUUUUCUUCUAUGGUUUCAUCUCUCAUGACGAUAAAGAAAAGUUUAUGUUUUAUAUUUAUCUAAAAGCUUCAUACUUAGACUUUUUUAUUGCGUGAAAACGCAGGAAAAUGAAAAAGUUUCUCAAUUAUUAAUGGAUUUAGUCAACGUAGAGUAGAGAAAACUUUGUCCACUUGAUACAAAAUAAAUUAAAAUCCCGGGAAAUUUUAGCGUAUUAAAAUAUGUCGCACUCGCAAAAUAAAUAAAUUAACGUGAAUACUUAUCAAUUACAAAUCAGUCUCAAAUUUAAUGCUAAUUAUCUUAAGCAUUUUAAAUAGAAGAAACCAAGAAACAAGUUUGAGAAUGAAACUAAAUUUGUAUUUAGAACGACGAAACACUUUCCAAAGGACUUGCAGAAAGCUUAAUUGAUUGACUAUCUAAUUAAAUAUCUCUUUUGAAAUGGAUUUUGAGGAAACUUACAACAUAUUUAGAUAUUGCCCAAAACCAAAAUUUUUUAUUUGUCAUCAAAUCUUGUGAAAAUCUCAGGUAAAUGCUGUAAACAAGACAACAGAAUAUACCUCAACAAACGUACAUCCAAACUCCGGAAACACAAAAACAAAAACAUAUUUUCAUGCUGAGAUUAUUUACAAUAACAUCGAUAAUAUUUUCUAGGAUUAUUAUUAUCCACUUAAUUAUUUUGUUGAUAUAUCUAUUUGAUUAUAUAAGACAAAUUAAUUUUUGAUACAAAUGAAAAGGGAAAUAAAUUGAAAAAUUGGUUAAUGGAAACGCGUAAGUCUGGAAAUUAUUUUAAGGAAAAUUGUAGAAAAGAGAAAAUUAAAAUUUAUUAGAAUGUUAAAAAUAUUCAAGAGAUAUGAAAAUAUUUAGAAACGCCCCCGCGUAGUUAAAAUUACAUGAUUUAAAAUGGAAGAGAUCAAGAUAAAAAAUUGUCCAAUCUUAUUCUGCAAUUUUGCUGUGAAAAAAUUUAACUCCAAUAAAAUGAAAAUAAAACCAAAAAUAAUCAAACAUACAAAUAAAUGACUCACCGCCCUUUGGAAAUGUCUUGUAUCAAACACUUGAUUAAAGUGAAAAAGAAAAUCUUAAUCAGAAAGAAUUGAAAGCAUUUAAUAAAGGGAUGAAAGUAAUUAAAUUACAAUAAAAAUUAAAAGACUAGUGUGGCUAGAACUAAGGUUCUAGUUACAGCAACGAAAAUUGCUAAUUAAAUGGAGAAUUUAGAAAGUCGCCCAAAAGAAACUAUUGUUGAUUGUAAUCACAGUCUAAUUUCUUCCCCCCGGCUUGAAAGCGACAUCAAUGUGUACGUUACCAACGCUUUAAAAGUGAAACUAAGGGAUUAUUAUGAAUUUAAAUCGUUGCUGUUGUGAAAAAGUUAAGAAAGUAAAGGAAAAAAAUAAUCGUAGAUUUACUUACGAUAUGAAUCAAAUAAAUGAUAUAAAUCAACCCACGCGAUAAAUUUAUCUCCGAAAUUGUUGUUUCUCUUUAUUUGAGUUCAACCAUCUUUGAAAAAUGUCAUAAGCAAAAUGAUGGAAAAUGUUGUUUGCCGAAAAGUCCAUAAAGAAAAAUACUACAUAUUACAUAUAUCGAUGAUGCAAUAAAAUACAAACUAGAUUGUAAUGAUGACAAAAGAAAACAACUCGAACAAAAUAAAAUCGAAUAUCUGA